GCGCUGUAAAAUUGCGUCUCGCUGUAUUACUACCUGGUAAAAACCCCUCGAAUCUUGUACUACAAACUCGCUACGCCCUCUUACGACCAUUAGACGCCUUUGAGACCUGGAAGUCCGAGAAUAUUUUGACUAGACAGACAUGAAUUAUAUUCAGGGGCGCUCACGGACAACGAACGAGAUUGUCGCUUUGAAAGAGAUCCAUCUCGAUGCUGAAGAGGGCACCCCAUCAACUGCGAUCCGUGAGAUCUCACUCAUGAAAGAGCUGAAGCAUGUCAACAUCGUUCGCCUUCACGAUGUUAUCCACACUGAGACAAAAUUGGUGCUCAUUUUCGAGUAUUGUGAUCAAGAUUUAAAAAAAUAUAUGGAUCAACAUGGCGAUAGGGGCGCACUGGAUCCCAUGACUGUACGCAGCUUCAUGUACCAGCUUCUCAAAGGCACCUCGUUCUGUCACGAGAAUCGGGUCUUACAUCGUGACCUGAAGCCACAGAACUUACUCAUCAAUAGAAAGGGUGAGCUGAAGUUGGGUGAUUUUGGUCUUGCCCGGGCCUUCGGAGUACCUGUCAACACUUUCUCAAACGAGGUGGUCACCCUAUGGUAUCGCGCUCCCGAUGUCCUCUUGGGUUCUCGGACGUACAACACCUCGAUUGAUGUUUGGUCCUGCGGUUGCAUUUUUGCAGAGAUGAUUUCGGGUGUUCCCCUUUUCAGAGGUCGCGAUAAUCAAGACCAGCUUCUGCAUAUCAUGCGAAUUGUUGGUACACCAGAAGAUAGGGUUUUGAGGAAAAUAGCAACCGAAUCACCUGAAAUCACGCUGAAACAGUAUCCAAGAUACCCCAAAACUCCUUUCCAACAAGUCCUUCCGAAGGCAUCCGCGCAAGCCAUCGACCUUUUGGAGCGCCUUCUUCAAUUUGAUCCUAGCAAACGUAUGACUGCUACUGAAGCACUCUCGCACCCGUAUUUCACUGGCACCACUAAUCCAUCUUAUGGUCUGACACCACCCCCUGGAUCCAUGCCUCCCCCGCCCUAUAAUUUCCCUCAUCCACAUGCACACCAGCAGCCGUCUCAACCGCAACCACAACAGCAACAGCAACAGCAAGCUCAGCAGGUACCCCAAUCGCAAGCAUAUACGCACGCACAGUCAGGCAUCUACGCCCAGCAGGAUGCAGCGCGACUUGCUCAGGCACAGGCUAUGGCGCAGGCCCAAGCUGCUCAGGCCCAGGCUCAUGCGCACGCGCACGCGCAAGCACAGGCUCAAGCACAGGCGCAAGCGGCUGGCUAUGGGGGUGUCCAGUAUGCGCCCCCGCAAUAUGCACAUGGCCGAUGAUAUCUCUUGGUCCUUCGCAUCCCUAUCGUUUAUUCAAAUCCCUUGUAUUCUUGCGACUCUUCGUUUUGUUAUACUCAACGCGCAGCAAAAGCCUUGUACAGCAAGGCGAAUGUAUAAAGCAGGACAUACAAUGUGCUCCGUUUGUCUCUCGUCCUCAUUUCCAUGUUUGUUUUUCUCCUCUACAACAGAUGUGAUAUACGUCGACCAUGUCCUUUAUCUCGUUUUGGAAUGUUUGUUCUGUACUUUACCAUUCAGCUGUAUGUUUGAAGAGCGCGAUAUUGGGUGUCUUGUUCAGUCAUAGGCUACAUAGCUCUGAAUCUAGAUCUCUUGCAUAUGCGUUUAAUGCAUAUGUUCCCUUUUCCCAGCGCCAUUCCAGUACAGGAUCAUAUUUUGGUGUGAGCCAGGAUGCCGCAAAGUAUUGUUUGUGUCUUUAUUGCCCUUGCUGGAGGU